GAUGAGGUGAAGAACAAUCUCAUAGACAUGGAGAGAGAAGUAGUUUAUUCAUCAGGAAAUCCAGAAACAAAUGUAGACAAACUAUAAAUACGUCCGUAAAAUUAAUAGUCAAAUGUGUGGUUUAGUCUGACAUGAAGAAAUAGAUUCUGUGUUGAUAAAAUCUUUUUAUUUGACUUUAAUACAUUCUUCCAGUUGUUCUCUGUUAAUGAACUACUGGUGGAGUUUGACAAACACAAACACAACUCUGCUCCAUCUACAGGUCAAAUGAUAGAACUACAGGAAUAAACAGCAUUUAAAAUCCACACAGUAGAUAAUAGAGAAUAUGUUCUGGACAAGUUAGAGUCUGACUGUUAACAAUCUGGACUUCACCUCCUUUUGACUCAGGUCAAUGAAUUAAUUGAGGAGAAGAAGAAGCUGCAGGAGGAACUGGAGACCAGAAACAAAGAGAUGGAGGAGAUAAAAGAUGAGUCAGAGAAAAACAAAGCUGCUGCUUCCAGGUCUAUCAGGCCUUUCAGGCCAACAGAGCCCUACAACAAUCAGAAGGAACUGGAGUCACUGAAGAAGGAGAAGCUCAAAGAGAAGGAGAAGAAAAGAGAAAGAGCUGAGAAAGAAGUGGAGACACUGAAGAGGAAACUGGAGACUGAGAACAGCAGCAGCUCAGACAGUCAGGAGACGUUAAGAGGCAUCGAUGUGGUGGUUAAUGAUGGCUACAGGUUUAUCAGUCUGAGAAACAUGUCUGAUCAGGACAAACCACUGGGAGGACGUCAGUUAAAAGUCCAGAUCAACAAUAGUGAACCCAUCACAUACACAUUUGAUCCAUCAGUGAAACUCAAGGCUGGAAAGUCUGUUGCUUUAUGCCGUCCAGGCUUUGCUGUACCCUCUCUGGACACUAGUUACCUGGUGUGGAUGGACCUGAAGUCCUGGAAGUCUGGAGACAGAGUCCAGGUCUCUCUGCAGUGAAAUAGUUCCCAGUUGAACUCCUUCAAUAAAGUUCAGUAAUCCAGCAAACAGCAACAUUAUAGAUGAGAAACAGCACGACUCAGAUCUUCCUGCAGAAACC